UGCUUAUAAGCCGCUAGCAGGAAGUAGCCAGGAGACAGGACAUGAGAGAUCGAUGACAUUUCUGCUCAAAAGCCGACUUCCAUUGUUUGUCAUGAAGCUGUGUUUGACUGUAGAAGCUGAGUUGAUUACCUCAACUUCUGCGUGGACGUGAUCUGCCCUGCUAAGACUGUUCGGUGCUACCCUAAUAACAAACCCUGGGUAACACAAGAAGUUAAAGCUGUCCUCAACAAGAAGAAAGCUGCCUUCAGGAGUGGAGACAGAGAGGCAAUGAGAGCAGCACAGCGGGAGGUGAAACAACGCGUGAGGGAGGCUAAGGACAGCUACAGGUAGAAGCUGGAGCAGAAGCUGCAGCAGAACAACAUGAGGGAGGUCUGGGAAGGUGUGAAAACCAUCACAGGCCACAAGACAAAGACCAAAGCUGUUGUGGGGACAAUAGAGAGGGCCAAUGAGAAGAAUAACUUCUUCAACCGGUUAAGCAGCCCGUGUCCUCUCCAUCCCCCACUUACCAUCACAGCCACCCCCUCUUCUGCUCCCCUCAACACCCCCCCCAGCCAUGGCAGCACCCCCCUCCACCACCUCUACGCAGACAGUCAUCUCUGCGGACCUGGUCAGAGGUCAACUGAGGAAGCUACAGCCAAGGAAAGCAGCAGGCCCAGACAAGCUGUGCCCCCGACUCCUGAAGACCUGUGCUGCAGAACUGGGUGAACCACUUCAAAGGAUCUUCAACCUCAGCCUGCAGCUGGGAAGAGUGCCCACCCUCUGGAAGACGUCAUGCAUCGUUCCAGUUCCCAAAAAGAACUGCCCCAGUGAGCUGAACGACUACAGACCAGUGGCGCUCACCUCUUAUCUAAUGAAAACAUUGGAGUGGCUCUUUCUUAGCCUCCUCAGACCACAGGUGCAACAUGCCCAGGACAGCCUGCAGUUUGCGUACCAGGCAGGCGUUGGUGUGGAGGAUGCUAUCCUUUACCUGCUGCAUCGAGCCCACUCACACCUGGAUAAGGGAAAUGGCACUGUGAGGAUCCUGUUCCUGGACUUCAAGGAUGACAGGGGAUGCAAAACAAUAACAGUGCAAUACGUUUUCAUAACAUGGUCACUACUGCCUAGUUUCUAUUGUUAUAUUCUUAUUUUACGGUUAUAUUUUUAUUCCCAUUGUUGAUUUUUUAUUUUUUAUUCCUAUUGUAAUACUUCUCUAUUUUGUUUCCAUUUAAACCCACAUUAUUUACUUUUUACUUUUUUUUUUAAUUGAUCUCAACUCUGUACACUGGUGCUGGAAUUUUAAUUUUCCUGAAGGAACUCUCCUGAAGGAAUCAAUAAAGUACUAUCUAUCUA